CUGGUGGCGGCUGCCAGGCCGAGCAGCUGCCGUGCUUCCACGACACGUUUCCAUGGAGGAGGAGGACAAACACCGAGGUCUGUGGGGACGUCAGCGUCACGCUCACUGUCUCCCACACAUUCAUAUUCCACUGAACACAAACAUGAGGAUCAGGGAGCAGGUCACAUCGUGAAGAGGGAGGAAAAGCACAGUGAAAUCACCUCAUUCUGACAGAGGAAGGGGCUUAGGUCAGUUUGAGAUUCUGUGAAGUCGACUUCAGAUUCAAAGUCUUAGUUCAUCUGAUGUUCAGGUAACAAACAAUAACAAAAAUAUAUUUUAUAUUAUAUUUAUAUGCAGCAAAUUAUACAAAAUAGACCUGAGUUUCUGUCACUUUCUCUGACUACAACACAUUAUUUACAUAAAGAUUUAUAUUGAUAUAUUAUUUCAUAUAAACACAUGUAUACAUGUUUUGUUGAAACAAACAAAUUAUAACUAGAUGUAAUAUAAUAGACCGUAUACAUCUAUUCAGAUGAAACAUUGACCCCUGCUGGACAAAUGUCGUAAAUACAACCAGUCUUUCGUGAAACGCCCAUAAACCGUUCUACGCUUUCUAUUGGAUUAAACGUUGGAAGGGCGACAUGUGAUUGGUCGUUUACUUUCCUAUCGGCCAAUCAGCUCGUUUGUUGACGACUCACACAGAGGUCAUAGUUCAGGAGAAUGUGGAGAUGACGUUUUGUUAGCUUACAGCUGUGGUGCUAACAUCUGUAGAUGUUUAAUAUCAUAUAACAUGUGAAUGACACAGAUCUAUAACCUAACUUCCUGUUUCCUGUGGCGAUGCUGAACACGCUGGGCCUCCUCUCUAUGAGGCCUCCCUGCUCUCACCGGCCUCAGCAGACCUGGAGCAGGACGGUUCGCUGCCUCUCUGCUGGACCUCCUCCUCCUCCUCCCUCACCUCCUGACCCCCCCGAGUGCUCCUCCGAACCAGGACCCAGCCACACUCCCUCUGCUUGGACUCCUGACCAGGGCCCGCCCCCCCCUCCCACACACUGCUGCAUGAGCGGCUGUCACAACUGCGUGUGGAUCGAGCACGCCGAGCAGCUGCUGGCGUUCUACCACGACGGAGGCGACCAGGCGCUCGCCGCCAUCGAGGAGAACGUCCUGGACGAGAACCUGAAAACCUACUUGAAGAUGGAGAUUAGACUCCUGAAGAAGACGUGAUGUUUUUACUGCCGGGGUUGACAGACACUUUGUACUUUACACCCCAGUCUCUUAUUUUACCUCCACAUGUUACAGUCUGGAUCAUAACUUAUCAUCUUAUCACGUAUGUUACACUGACGGCUGCUGUUUGUUGUGUGAAGCACCUGAAGUUCCUACCAAAUCCAAUGAGGUUUUGUUUCCUCCUCAAAUCAACUGAAGGCUUCAUUUUAACUUUAUUUAUUAUUGCUGAUUUGAAAAAUGGCGAUAAAACUUAAGACUUUAAGAUGGAAUUUGACCUGAUUCCUUAAAUUUCAGUUUGAGAACAAACAACCUGUCGUACUCGUUAGCGAAAGUGUGUGAUUGGUAGAGUUUGUGUUCUCUAUAAGAAAAUCCUGUUCAUUUCCAUCAGUGUCUCUGAUUCAUGAAUCUGAAUAAUUCACUGUCAUGUUCCUUUGGUCGUAAAACACAUGAUUUAUUUAUCCGUUUUUUUUAUGUUUGAACUGAAGUGGUUAAAGUAUAUUAAAUGCAUCUUAUUUAUAUAGUUCAUCAGCUUUAUUUAAUUUAAAUGAUGUAUUUGAAGUUUAUUUUUAGGAUUUUUUAAAUUAAAAGUUAAUUAUAAGAAGUGUUUUCCUUGUUACUUCUACACAGGAACAGUCCACUAGAGAGCGCUAGAUACACAUAAAAAUACCUGUUGUCGUUAAGUGAAAAUAUUUUAACAAUAUUUUAAUCUUAUUUCAUCAUCAUGUGGAUUCAACCAGCUGCUUCUGAAUUGUUUUCCGGCAGCUGACUCUCUAAAUGUUCUUUUCUCCUUUUGAAACGUAUAAAACUAUGAAUUCCAUUUGAUGUAAAUGGGUUUAAAGAACUCUUCUUGCUGACCACACAGAACAAGCUGGUGGAUCAUGUCAGAAGUUCAGUGGCGUGAGAAUGAGAGUGUCGGCAGGUGAAGGCAGCCUCUCUGCUUGUGACCCUGAUCUCUCCCUGACUCAGCACUGGUACCAGUGGUUCUGUGUUGGUCCUGAUUACACAGGAGACGAUGGGCAGCCACAGUUAUUCUUUUGAUCUGGGUUACACAGAGGAUUACACACGGAUCAUGUACAGAAGCGUGUGCCCAGCCACCCUGACGUGAUGGAAAACACAAGAUUAGUGCCAACGUGUCGUCUCUCGCUAACAACGUGUCUUAAUAACCUCUCAGCAUCUGAUCACACCCCCCAGGAGAGAUAAUCAGUAUUGUGUCAUUCAGCUGAUUCAGUGAAGUUUAUAAUAAACAACUAUUCCACUGAU